GAGAGCUGGCGGCAGCCUGGGUCAUCCUAUCAGCCUGCAUGUGCUACAACACACACGCUCAGAUGAGGAUCCCACCAGAGACGGUGCAGGAUUGGGCCAACACCCUUGGGCGUCAGCUCGUCGCCUUGACAGCCAGAUACUCCGGAGCCCUCCUCCUGCAGAAGAAGUAUAAGGACAUUGAGCCCAUCGUGAAGAUGGAGGAGGUGGACGGAAAUGAGCUGGUGCAGAGCUUCGCCGAGGAGAUGGAGAGGAUGCUGGGCAGGAAGAUGAAGUCUGUCAAGAGAUUGGCUGAGGCUGCCGAAGAUGCUGACCUGUACCAUGAAUUCAACGCCACUUUGGGGUUUGACUACUACAACUCAAUGCUGAUCAACACAAUGGAUGACGAGGGCAACUACAUCGAGCUGGGCGGAGAGUUCGCCCUCGAGGAGAACGAGCACUUCAACAAGCUCCCCGUGAACACACAGCAGAGCAACAUACAGGUGCCCACCAACGUGUACAACAAGGACCCUGAUAUCCUGAAUGGGGUGUACAUGUCUGAGGCUCUCAACGACAUCUUCAUCAGCAACUUUGAGAAGGACCCGACUCUUACCUGGCAAUACUUUGGUAGCUCCACAGGAUUCUUCAGACUUUACCCUGGCAUUAGGUGGACACCAGAUGAGAAUGGAGUCGUCACCUUUGAUGCUCGGAAUCGUAACUGGUACAUUCAGGCCGCCACCUCCCCAAAGGACAUCAUCAUCGUGGUGGACAUCAGCGGGAGCAUGAAGGGGCUGCGCCUGACCAUCGCCAAGCACACCAUCAACACCAUCCCUCGACAAACUCGUGAGAACGACUUAGAUCCAGCGUCAUGCUACAGUGACUAUGUGCGGUACGUGGAGCCCUGCUUCAAAGGCACGCUGGUGCAGGCUGAUCUGGACAACCGAGAGCACUUCAAGCUGCUGGUUGAGGGGUUGCAUGUGAAAGGAGAAGGGAAAGUCAAGAAGGCCAUGAAGGAAUCCUUCCGCGUCCUCAACCAGGCGGCUACGUUGGGGGUGGGUAGUCUGUGUAAUCAGGCCAUUAUGCUGAUCACAGACGGAGCCAUGGAGGAUUUCCAGCAGGUGUUUGCAGAUUUCAACUGGCCAGAUCGCAGGGUGCGCGUCUUCACCUACCUGAUAGGACGGGAGCUCACCUUUGCAGAGAAUGUCAAGUGGAUCGCCUGCAAUAACAAAGGUUACUACACCCACAUCUCCACCUUGGCUGACGUGCAGGAGAAUGUCAUGGAGUAUCUCCACGUCCUGAGCCGACCAAUGGUCAUCAACCACGACCAUGACAUCAUCUGGACUGAAGCCUACAUGGACACUGUGCUCCCCAACACUGCUGAGCUCUUCAGCUCUCAGGCCCAGAGUCUGCUGCUGAUGACAUCGGUGGCCAUGCCUGUGUUCAGCAAGAAAGAGGAGACGCUGUCCCACGGCAUCCUGCUUGGGGUGGUGGGCACUGACGUUCCUCUGAGAGAGCUGAUGAGGCUGGCCCCAAGAUACAAGCUAGGAGUCCAUGGGUAUGCCUUCCUCAACACCAAUAACGGCUACAUCAUGUCUCACCCUGACCUGAGGCCACUGUAUAAGGAGGGGAAGAAGCUGAAACCCAAACCAAACUACAACAGUGUGGACCUGUCUGAGGUGGAAUGGGAAGACACAGAGCAGAUACUGAGAACUUCUAUGGUGAAGGGGGAAACAGGAACUCUGUCUCUGGACGUCAGAGCCACAGUGGAGAAAGGGAGACGAGUUAUUUUUCUGAAGAACGACUACUUCUACACCGCCAUUAAGGAGACACCAUUCAGUUUGGGAAUGGUGUUGACUCGUGGCCAUGGGGAGUUCAUCUUCCUGGGAAACGUUUCCGUGGAGGAGGGUCUGCAUGACCUAGCGACCUAUGGCGUGUCCAUAGCCAAUGAGUGGACGUACUGUGAGACGGACAUUGACCCGCACCACCGCAAGUACACACAGCUGCAGGCCGUCAUCCGCUACCUCAUGGGGAAGGAACCUGAACUGGAGUGUGAUGAGGACCUGCUGCGUCAGACGCUGUUUGAUGCCGUGGUAACGGCUCCCAUGGAGGCCUACUGGACCGCCAUCAUGCUGAACGUCUCUGGUAUUGAUGAGGGAGUUGAGACGGCCUUCCUGGGGACCCGCUCUGGACUCAUGCGACUCAUCAGAUUCGUCGGCCCUGAGAAACGUGUUGGAAAGAAGUUCUUGUCUGCAGCGGAUAAGGAGAACAUCUUCACUCUGGACCACUUCCCCCUCUGGUACCGCCGUGCUGCAGAGUACCCAGCCGGAAAGUUCCUCUACUACCUGCCCAAGGAGGACACCAGAGAUGUUUUCAGGGAUUAUGAGUCCGAUUAUAGCGCCUCCAUCAGGCCGGAGGACCUUGAACUGGAGGACGAGGAUGGAGAGAUGAUCGUGAUCGCCACCAGUGCAGUGACCGUGACCGUGGACAAGAAGGUGGCCAUCGCUGGAGCCAUUGGCGUUCAGAUGACCCUGGAGAUGCUGGAGAAUAGGGUUUGGUCCAUUGCUACACAGCCCAACGACACGGAUUGUUCUGGAGUUGAAGGCCUAUGUCCACUCAGCUGUAGUAUGAAUGAGAUAAAUUGCUAUGUGACUGACAGCAAUGGCUUCGUCAUUGUCUCCAAGGACCGAAGUGACGUGGGGCGCUUCUUUGGGGAAGUUGAUGGGUCUGUCAUGGCUCAGCUGCUGCGGAUGGGCAUGUUCAAACGGGUAUCGCUGUAUGACUACCAGGCCAUGUGUAAGGUUGGCACCCACUCUGCCAGCAGUGCUAGGCCACUUCUUAGUCCCUUCUAUGGUAUUUUGGGAGUCCUGAAGUGGUUUCUCUCCAACUUCAUGCUGUUCCUGUUGGACUUCAAUUUCUGUGGCCUUUGGCAUUCAGACCAGUUUGUGGACGCUGGAACGUUUCAUGCCACCAAUAAGAAGAAGUCAGGGGACAUUCUGCAGCCGUGUGACACUGAGUAUCCCAGUUUCGUCUACGAGCCAUCUAUCAAGGAGACCAACAGUGUCAUCAAAUGUGGACGCUGUCAGAAGGUGUUUGUGAUCCAGCAGAUCCCUGAUAGUAACCUGCUGAUGGUUGUGGUGCAGGCGGACUGUGACUGCUCACGCCAGUACGGGCCGAUCACCAUGAACCCCAAAGAGGUCAAAUAUAACGCAACAGUGAAGUGUGAGAGGAUGAAGUCGAUGAAGACUCGCCGGCGCCCCGAGUCUUGUCACGCUUACCAUCCUAAGGAAAAUACCAAGCACUGUGGGGGAGCGUCUGCCAUCUCGCUGUGUGUGUCCCUCUUUGUGCUCUGCCUGUGCACUACUCUCCUGGGUAUACGGUGACACACACACACACACACACACUCCCACAUUUCCAGGAGCUUCUGGGAGAUGCCCACAGGGCAAAGGCACGCUUGCAUGAUGUCAUACACACUGCUUCAUUUAAUCCCUCUGCAAAGGAUUGCUUAUUUUCACCUGAAAGACUUGUGUGGUCAUACACACACACACACACACACACACACACACACACACAGAAGAGGAAAUCCAGAGAUGGUGUGUGUUUGAUGUGGGUCACUCUAGAUUCUUGUCCUCACACACGAACACACACACACACACACACACACACACACACACACACAGAAGAGGAAAUCCAGAGAUGGUGUGUGUUUGAUGUGGGUCACUCUUGAUUCUUGUCCUCAGAUAGAGACACACGAACACACACACACAUACACACACACACACACACACACACACACAGAGAGAGACACGGUGACAAAGACUCGACUCUAGCUUCAUGGAAAGCCUUGUUUGGUCAAUGCUGUCCCAUCCCACUGGACGAGUCCUAAUAAGGAUUGUGUUUCCUGUUUCACACAUAGCCAAUCAUCUGUCUGAACUCUGGGUCCUCCUUAGGACACGGAUAUAAGGAUUGUGUUUCCUGUUUCACACAUAAUCAUCUGUCUGAACUCUGGGUCCUCCUUAGGACACGUAUAUAAGGAUUGUGUUUCCUGUUUCACACAUAAUCAUCUGUCUGAACUCUGGGUCCUCCUUAGGACACGUAUAUAAGGAUUGUGUUUCCUGUUUCACACAUAGUCAUCUGUCUGAACUCUGGGUCCUCCUUAGGACACGUAUAUAAGGAUUGUGUUUCCUGUUUCACACAUAGUCAUCUGUCUGAACUCUGGGUCCUCCUUAGGACACGUAUAUAAGGAUUGUGUUUCCUGUUUCACACAUAAUCAUCUGUCUGAACUCUGGGUCCUCCUUAG